AUGACAGAAGACGAUUUUGUAACAUCUCCCAGUCAGACUGUUCCCAGUUCCAUAAUUCCCAGUCAGACUGUUCCCAGUUCCAUAAUUCCCAGUCAGACUGUUCCCAGUUCCAUAAUUCCCAGUCAGACUGUUCCCAGUUCCAUAAUUCCCAGUCAGACUGUUCCCAGUUCCAUAAUUCCCAGUCAGACUGUUCCCAGUUCCAUAAUUCCCAGUCAGACUGUUCCCAGUUCCAUAAUUCCCAGUCAGACUGUUCCCAGUUCCAUAAUUCCCAGUCAGACUGUUCCCAGUUCCAUAAUUCCCAGUCAGACUGUUCCCAGUUCCAUAAUUCCCAGUCAGACUGUUCCCAGUUCCAUAAUUCCCAGUCAGACUGUUCCCAGUUCCAUAAUUCCCAGUCAGACUGUUCCCAGUUCCAUAAUUCCCAGUCAGACUGUUCCCAGUUCCAUAAUUCCCAGUCAGACUGCUCCCAGUUCCAUAAUUCCCAGUCAGACUGUUCCCAGUUCCAUAAUUCCCAGUCAGACUGUUCCCAGUUCCAUAAUUCCCAGUCAGACUGUUCCCAGUUCCAUAAUUCCCAGUCAGACUGUUCCUAGUUCCAUAAUUCCCAGUCAGACUGUUCCCAGUUCCAUAAUUCCCAGUCAGACUGUUCCUAGUUCCAUAAUUCCCAGUCAGACUGUUCCCAGUUCCAUAAUUCCCAGUCAGACUGUUCCCAGUUCCAUAAUUCCCAGUCAGACUGUUCCCAGUUCCAUAAUUCCCAGUCAGACUGUUCCCAGUUCCAUAAUUCCCAGUCAGACUGUUCCUAGUUCCAUAAUUCCCAGUCAGACUGUUCCAGGUUCCAUAAUUCCCAGUCAGACUGUUCCCAGUUCCAUAAUUCCCAGUCAGACUGUUCCCAGUUCCAUAAUUCCCAGUCAGACUGUUCCCAGUUCCAUAAUUCCCAGUCAGACUGUUCCCAGUUCCAUAAUUCCCAGUCAGACUGUUCCAGGUUCCAUAAUUCCCAGUCAGACUGUUCCAGUUCCAUAAUUCCCAGUCAGACUGUUCCCAGUUCCAUAAUUCCCAGUCAGACUGUUCCAGGUUCCAUAAUUCCCAGUCAGACUGUUCCAGGUUCCAUAAUUCCCAGUCAGACUGUUCCAGUUCCAUAAUUCCCAGUCAGACUGUUCCCAGUUCCAUAAUUCCCAGUCAGACUGUUCCCAGUUCCAUAAUUCCCAGUCAGACUGUUCCCAGUUCCAUAAUUCCCAGUCAGACUGUUCCAGGUUCCAUAAUUCCCAGUCAGACUGUUCCCAGUUCCAUAAUUCCCAGUCAGACUGUUCCCAGUUCCAUAAUUCCCAGUCAGACUGUUCCCAGUUCCAUAAUUCCCAGUCAGACUGUUCCAGGUUCUACAAUUCCAAGCAGCACAUGAACACAGCAUUAAACAGGAAGGUUACUGUAAAAUAAUGUUUUUUUGUGUGUUUUUUUU